GUCAUACUAGGGUGUUAAUAAUAACAGAACUAGCCAGAUAAGAUUGCGGCUAUUAUAUACUGAUAUUGGAUAAGGGAAUCUUAUAUGUUAUAAGAUCUAUUGAAUUCACUUAUACUCAUACUGGAUUUUGCAUUCUAUAAAAAGGGUACCGUAUAUAGGAUAUUGGAGUCAGAUCCGUUAGAAUUAACAUUUGGAUGAUGGUGCUCCUCGCAAAAUGCACAAUUUUGUGCGUUCUUUUUGUUGGAGCUUUGAGCUGCCCAUUUGCAUUCGAUGAUGAUGCUAUGACAGUUAAUGAUGCUGAUACAGAGGCCACUCACAGACGUGUUAGACGCGACUUGACAGUUGAUGGCACAAGGCCGCUUUGUAAAGAGUCUGGAGGGAAUGAUCCACCUACAGCCAUCGACACUAGGGCGAGGAUAGCGGCUUUGAGGGCAUUAUUCAGCAAUUCUACAUAUACACAACAAGGCAUCGAUGCAUAUAUCAUUCCCAUGAACGACCAGCAUCAGAGUGAAUACGUAUCUGAGUAUGAUAAACGCAUUGGAUAUACGAGCAACUUCCAGGGUUCCUCAGGUACAGUUGUGGUCACCAGAACCAAACAAGCUUUAUGGACAGACGGUAGAUAUUUCUUAGCGGCUGACCAAGAGAUGGACUGCAGCUGGAUUUUGAUGCGAUCAGGAGAGAGUGGAGUGCCAAGUAUUACAAGAUGGCUGAGAGACGAAGUACCACAAAAUGGACGAGUUGGUGCCGAUCCCAGUCUCUUUAGAAUAGAUUCCUGGAGAAGUUACAAACGGAUAAUGGAGGAGAGUGAAGAGGCGAUCAGUUUUGUUCCCAUCACCACCAACCUCAUAGAUCUGAUCUGGACAGUGAAUAGACCAGCCCAACCAGCAAACAGACUGCUAAUAAUGAACAUGACCUACACAGGAAGGGCAUGGUCUAACAAAGUAGAAGAGCUACAGUCCAAGAUGACAACAGCUGGAGCAGAUGCGCUUGUUCUUUCCAAACUUGAUGAAAAUGCAUGGCUGUUCAACCUAAGAGGAUCUGACAUAGCAUACAAUCCCGUGUUCUUUUCGUAUACCAUUGUUAGGAAGACUGGAAAUCCAAUGUUCUACAUAAUGAAGAAAAGCGAGAGAUUGGGACAAGAGGGUAUGACGAAUCACCUGAACACGGGCAAUGAUGGGUCAUGUACCGGAAAGACUGGCCUCUGCGUUGAGGUGAAAGACUACAGUGCGUUCAUCUCUGAACUACAAGGUAUGGUGGCCUCUACUAAUAACUUCUGGGUGAGCCCAGUACAGAGCUACUCCAUCUAUAACGCUAUAGUUGGUACAGGGGAAAAUAACAAGACUAACGUAAUAGAGGGCGCUUCCCCCGUGCUCUUGAUGAAAGCCAUAAAGAAUCCAGUCGAGCGACAAGGGAUGAGAAACUGCCAAGCCAGAGACUCUUCACAUGUGAUUGAGUUUGCUGCACGUUUGGAGCGUGAAGUAAAAGCAGGGACACCAUGGACUGAACUACAAGCAGUUGAAGAGCUCUUGAAAGUCAGACAACGUGACCCUACUAACCAUGGCGCCAGUUUUUCCACGAUAGCAGGGUUUGGACCCAAUGGUGCUAUAAUUCAUUACAGACCUAGUAAUCAGACUAACUCUCCAGUCACUACCCAGGGAACUUUUCUCUUGGAUUCCGGUGGCCAGUACCUGGAUGGCACCACAGAUGUUACAAGAACUUUCCAUUUCGGUACACCAGAUGCUAAAGAAAUAGAAGCCUAUACGAGAGUGUUGAUGGGUGCGAUAGACCUUGCAACCACAGUUUGGCCUGUUGGAGUAUAUGGCAGGUCUGUAGAUGUGCGAGCUAGGCAACCUUUGUAUUCAGUCGGUUGGGACUUUCGACAUGGUACCGGGCAUGGUAUUGGUAUCUUCCUUAAUGUUCAUGAAGGCCCCGGCUCUAUCAGCCAAGGCUAUAGCAGCGCCCAUUCACCAAUGUAUGAGGCCAUGUUUUUCUCUGAUGAGCCUGGCUAUUAUGAAGAUGGAAAGUUCGGAAUCCGUCUAGAGACAAUCGUAGAAGUUGUUAAUGCUACCACAACAUAUAACUUUGGCAACAAGCAAUGGUUGACAUUUGAUGCAUGGACAUUGGUGCCGUUCGAGAAGAAUUUGAUUGACGUUAACCUGUUGACAGCCAGCCAGAGACAAUGGCUUAACAAGUACCACCAAAAAUGCAAAGAUGUUGUUGGACCAAUGUUACAAAACGCUGGAAAGAAGGAGGCAUAUGAUUGGUUGAUGGCAAGAGUUGAUCCAAUUCCUGAAACGCCUCGAUAUGACACAAGCAGUGGAAAUACAUGGACAAUCAGCACAUGUUAUAACUUUGGCAACAAGCAAUGGUUGACAUUUGAUGCAUGGACAUUGGUGCCGUUCGAGAAGAAUUUGAUUGACGUUAACCUGUUGACAGCCAGUCAGAGACAAUGGCUUAACAAGUACCACCAAAAAUGCAAAGAUGUUGUUGGACCAAUGUUACAAAACGCUGGAAAGAAGGAGGCAUAUGAUUGGUUGAUGGCAAGAGUUGAUCCAAUUCCUGAAACGCCUCGAUAUGACACAAGCAGUGGAAAUACAUGGACAAUCAGCACAUGUGUUUUAAUUCUAUCAAUUAUAACCUUAUGGACAUAGAUUAAUGAGAAAAUUAUGUUUAAUAUAUAUAAUCUAAAUUAUCAAUAUCGAGAUAACCAUUUAAAUGGUAGUGAAAUUAUUUUAAUUUGAUAUACUAUAAUAUUUUAUAUAUUGUUGUUUACUCGUGGCGAUCAAAUAUUUAAUUUGAUUACAAAAAUUCAGUAGUGCAUGAAAUUAUAAAGAUUUAUAAACAUUCUUAUUUUAUCCCAGGUAUUUCUAAUAUGAUGUCAAAGAGUGACGAAUAACAAAAAUAACUUUACAAUCGAAACAUCCUCUACUAAGAUGUAUUUUAUACCACUCUUGGCGAUCAAAUAUUUCAGUACAUUUUUGAUUACAAACAAUCACUAGUGCAUGAAAUCAUAGACUCAUAACAUUGUUAUUUUAUGCCAGGUAUUUGUAAUAUGAUGUCACAGAGUGACGGAUUACAAAAAUAUUUUUGCGCUGUGUAAAAUAAACCGUCGAAACAUCUUUUACUAUGUAUUUUAUACCACAA